CUUGUGGCCCGUAACUGGUCUUCCGCAUCGUAUUAUUGUUGAACCUCUCUGUCUUCUGAUUUGGUGGACUCCUGUUCUUAUUCUCCCCGGAGAAGACUACACCCCUCUCUCUCUGCGCCGCUCUCCGGAAACUUUUUGGAGAAAUCUUCAACUCCGAGAGACGUCGCAGAGAGAGAUCCAGCUGAGCAUUUUCAAUAUUUUUUUUAGGUGAAAAAUGGCAAUUUCUAAGGUUUCAGUCGGAGUUGUGGCCUUUGCAACUCUAUUUCUCGCCAUUGUAUUGCCUGCAGCCCACGCCCAGGAUCAGUCCUUCGCUCCCGCUCCUUCCCCCACCAGCGAUGGGGCAUCAAUCGACCAAGGCAUUGCAUACGUGUUGAUGUUAGUGGCGCUGGUGCUCACUUACCUAAUCCACGCAUCUGACUUGUGCCAUUUCUAAAUUUGUGAGGAGAUCGUUCUGUUUAGGGCUUUCUGUAAUGCAAUGCAUUGUUGAUUGGCUAUUGUUUUGUUUUGUUUUGUUUUGUCUGCUGGUGAUGGGGAUUUUGUGUUGUAUUUGGUGCACUUACUUGGAUGGAGCUAUUAGUUGUUGGGCUCUGUCACUAUGGAUGCUGGCUAAUGAAAUAUAUUCUUUUCAUUUCAUUCUCUCAAUACAAAUCAAUAUUGUGCACUUUAAUCCCAAA